AAUUAUUCCGCUUCGGAAGUCUUGUCGCAUCUCGACUCUGUCUUUAUAGAGUCCACAAUCAGCGUCAUGUUGCCGAGCAGAGGACUUUCGAGGUCGAGCCCGGCUUCCGCUCUGCGGGCUACUAGAUCUGCUCGGACACAGUCGGUUCGACCUCUGCAAGUCCCCCUACGCCACUUCUCUCAGGCGCAGUCUCGAUCUCUACUGUUGGGUCGAUCCCGAGUCGCGUCUUCUGCGCCGAUAUCUGCAAUUGGUUCCCGCACCGUUCUUGCGGCUACUGCGUCUGGCGUCUUUGCCCAGCGUUCCGGAACUUCGCGAAACUUGUCGUUAUGGCCCUUCUCUUCGAAACAGAAAUCUCCUGCUGAGACGCAGCCUGCUUCUCCCUCCACUGCUCCGGAAUCGUCAGGACUAUCGGAACCGUCGGAACCCGUUGCGCCCCCGGAAGCCUGGGCGCAAAGUUCUCCAGCACCUCAAGAUAUUGCGCCAUCAAGUCCGACGCAGCAUGUCGAUCUGGGCUCGACACAGCCCGAACCGAGCUUCCUCAGCGAUUUGGAAGUUACGUCUAUACUUGAUAUCCCUGAGCAGAUAGGAUACCUCAAGAGCCUCGGCUUGGACUUCGGAUGGGGCCCUACCGCCUGUUGCGAAUGGCUCAUCGAACACAUACACAUCUACGCAGACAUGCCCUGGUGGGCUACCUUGACUAUCAUGGCCUUCGCAUGGCGCGCUCUUUUAUUCGUACCAACCCUACGAAGUAGCGUGCACCAAGCGAAACUGGCGGAGCUCGCUCGAAGUCCGGAAUAUCUAGAGGCCAAGAAGCAAUUUGACGAAGCUUCUUAUGCAGGACGCGACCCGAUGGGUCAGAGGCAGGCAACGAUGAAGAUGAUGGCCCUCAAAAAAUCGUCAGGUGCUAGUACGAUAAAGUCGCUGGCUUCGUUUUUGUCUUUUCCUUUCAGCUGGGGCAUGUUUCGACUACUCCGGAACAUGGCCGCCAUCCCCGUACCCAGCCUGGAGACGGGAGGCGUGCUGUGGUUUACGGACCUGACCGUGCACGACCCCUAUUUUAUACUUCCCUUCACAUCCGUCGCCAUCACGGCGCUCCUGUUUAAGCAAACGCAAGCCGCUAACCUGGCCCCCCCCACCGGCGUAAUGGCAAGCGUGCAACAAGGGAUGAUCUACGUCCUUCCUCCCGUCAUGUUUCUCGCCACGGCCUGGCUACCAGCCGGCCUGCAGUGGUUUUUCCUGAUGUUUAGCGUCACCUCCGUCAUCCAGUCGUCGGCGACCCUCAACCCGGGGAUUCGUCGCUGGGUCGGCAUGCCUCCUCUUCCGACCAAGUCUCAAGCAGCUAGCUUGGCGGGUGUCGCAUCGACCAGUUCCCCGGGCGGAGGGAUCAUGCAAUCCCUCAUGGAUUCUACCGAGAACAAGAAGAAGGAAUAUUAUAAGAGAGCCUACGAGUAUGAGCAGCGUAGGAGCGCGGAAGAAAAGCAGAAGGCACAGCGAAUGGAGGAGAUGCGCCGGCGGCACACUCAGAAACGGUCUUGAAGUCCGUUGGUUAGUUUGGUGUGCGAUGCGGAGGCCGGGAUCGUAGCAUGACGUGGACGGAUACGAAAGGUAUUCGCUGCCUGAGAAAGGCAUCUGGCUUGGGUGAGGUAUGAUGCACUCAAUCGGAAUUGCAUUGUACUAUGUAUACAUGUAUGGAUAUAUCGUGUGUAAUAGUAACAAAGUGAUCUCAAAUCAGAUGAAGUCUCAGCUAAU